CUAUGCUUUUCAACUGUGAAAAAGAGUUCCAGUGCGAUGAGAAGAGAGCAGUGCUGCAUUUAUCUUUCUCUUACUUUUAAAAUACCAGCAUUUUUAUACUUCUUAUAAUAACUUUAAGGGUUAGAUUUUCUGAUUGAAUUUGAAAUGUCAGGAUUUUUAACUGCCACUUCAGAAAAGUUUAGUUUUCUUUCUUACCAGGCAUUUCAAAGAAUAAACAAAAGUGGUAAAAGUGCUGGGAAAGGCUGGAGCACAAUGAGGACAUUAACUCUCUCGCUGGGGAAAGUAAGACAAGCCCAAGAGGAAUGACAUCGUGGGAAGAAGUUGUCUUGAUACGGGACGUACAAACACCGAGAGGAGAGCAUUUUCAAAGAUGGAGGAUACAGGAGGAGAGGCGGUACAGGAUAGGAGGAGCGGAAGGACAUAAGAUGGCGUGAGGACCGAAGCCGGUGGUUGGUUUGAUCUGAGCCACGUGUGCGUCCGGCAACGUCUCUUCGCCGCUUCAUGGAUGUCGACGAAACGUUCGCUUCCUCUCCUGACGCUCUCAACAGUCCUGGAUCAGGCUGCUCAUUGGCCACAUUAUUGCAGCCUGACAGCCAACAACUGAUAACUGGAAAUAAAUGAGACAAAUGCAAACGGCACUUGAAAGAUCAAGAUCUAAUGACAAUGUCACGCUGCUCAAAAAUGUGGUUUAACAAAGAAUUCAGGCAGAAAAAUGAGCUCUACAUCCUGAACAAAUAGCAUCCAUGAAAUCUGCACUGUCACCCUGUCCAUCAUUGGCCAUGAGUGUAAUUGGAAGCUGAUAACAUGUGAUCAUCAGCACUGAGGGACCCAGGAUCCUGCUGCUAUCACACCUCAAAAAAACCUAGCCGUCUCUCUCUAUCGGGGAAAAUGGCAGAGGCAGGUUUCCGGCUCUGGACGGAGGACGAGUUCCAAGCUGCAGAUUUUCUGACGUCACAGGUCGCAUCACUCAAUCUCUUGGAUGAGAAGACCAACCAAACAGGUGAUAAACCCAAACUCCAUUCUGCAUGCCCUCCAACAACGUCAUCCUCAUGCAGCCAAUCACAAUGGGAGACCGGAAUAUCUUCAGCUUCAUGCUCUAAUCCGUCACCAGCAGAUCGAGCAGUGUUCAUCGAGCCAAGGAUGGACAGAAAUGACAGCGAUGCUCAGUCUCCAACAGAGUUUCUGCCGGACCUUUGCACCAUCAAGGAUUCUGACAAUGAUGUCUUUCAAGACUUGGGAAACGUCAACAAGGAAGACGGAUUCCAGCCCCCUAACAUCACCAAAGUGAUGGCAGCAUGUGAUGCCUGCUCUGAGCAAAAGCAGUUGGUUGAUGCAGAGUGGUACUGGGAAAACAUUUCAAGAGAUGAAGUGAAUGGAAUGAUGAGAAACACGCCCGAUGGUACAUUCUUGGUCCGUGACGCUUCCAGCAGGAUCAAGGGAGAAUAUACACUAACAUUAAGGAAAAAUGGCUCCAAUAGACUGAUAAAGAUCUUCCAUCAUGAAGGGAGGUAUGGCUUCUCUGAGCCAUUGACCUUCCCUUCUGUAGUGGACCUUAUUCAGUAUUACCAGAACAAGUCACUGGCCCAGUACAACUCUAAACUGGACACACGACUGCUCUUUCCAAUCUCCAAAUAUAUGCAGCAGGCUGUGAUGGAGCUUGACAUUGAUGCAGUUGGAGAACGGCUCAAGGUAUUUCAGGACCAAUAUGAAGAGAAGAGCAAAGAGUAUGACCGUCUCUAUAAGGAGCUGAACCAAACAUCCCAGGAACUGCAGACGAAGCGGAUGGCUAUUGAGGCAUUCAGUGAAAUCAUUCGGAUUUUUGAGGAGGAGUGUCAAACGCAAGAACGCUACAGCAAGGAAUACAUCGACAUGUUCUUCAAAUUAGACAACAAUAUGGAGACUGACAAGAUGCAGAACAGUUCUGAAGAGUUGCAAUCAAGAGUGGAGGAAAUACACAACAGCAAGAUCAAGUUGGAGGAGGAAUUAAGGAAUAAGGUGCUGGCCCACAUGGAGGUUGACAGGAAAAUAAAUCACUUGAAGCCAGACCUCGUGCACCUCAGGAGGAUCAGAGAUCAAUAUUUGUUCUGGCUCUCUCAGCAAGGGACCAGGCAGAGCCAGAUCGAUGAUUGGCUCGGUGUGCGGAAUGAAGAAGACCCGUACACUCUGGCAGAUAAUUCGCACCAUGAGGAGAGGACUUGGUAUGUUGGAGGCAUGACCCGGAGGGAGGCUGAGGAGCUUCUAAAGGGCAAACGAGAUGGCACCUUUCUGAUCAGAGAUAGCCAAAGUCAAAGAGGAUCCUUUGCAUGCUCUGUUGUUGUGGACGGGCACGUGAAGCACUGUGUGAUCAACAGGACAUCCACAGGCUAUGGCUUUGCUGAGCCCUACAACCUGUAUUCAUCACUCAGAGAACUGGUUGUCCACUAUCAGCACACAUCUUUGAUCCAACACAACCAGCAGCUGAAUGUAACCCUGGCCUGGCCUGCUCUCAGCCAGCAGCCCAGCUGAGAAACCACCAGCAUGUCUCACUGUAGCACUUUCAACGCUUCACUGUAAGAGCACUCAGAAAAAAAGACGGACACCUUGAACCAGCUCAAACUUAAAAAAACAAUCAAACAAACAAACAAAAAACGAAAAAAAAAAAAGUGUUUUUAUAAUGUUUUUAUUCUGUAUAUCCAACAAUACUAAAAUGUAUGAUGUCACAUAAAAAUACAAAACAAACAAACAAACAAAAAAAACAAAACCGUUAUAUCCAAUGCUCCAGAGAAGUUUCGAUUAUUAAUACAGACAUGGUUAUGUGUUAUGUUGAUUAAGUUUUUGGGAGUGGCAACUGUAGACAUGAAAACAAAAACAAGAAAAAGAAUUGAAUACAUUAGAGUCCUCAAUCGUCUGCCGUGUUGUCUCUCAUUUGCCAGUAAUAUUUAUUAUUAUUCGUGGAGAUCCGUUGAUCAUCUGACUUAGCAAAUUCUGAUUAGCUGUCAGAGAAAACGCAUUAUUAUAUAUCAAUAAAAAAUAUUCCUACGAAAAACACAAGAUUUGUCACUUAAAGGGAUCCACGGAUUGAAAGACUUGUAUUUCUUAAAAGAUAAACAUUAUUAUGAUUUAAAAUAAUUUUAUAUUGAAACCCCUCUUGAUGUUUUCGUUUUUAUACAAUUUGUAAAAUUUGUUUAACUAAUAGGUCGCCAUUGUUGUUGACGUUGCAGGGCAGUGACGUAACAGGGUUACGCUGCCGGACUUCCAGAGUAUGACUCUAGCUUGUCAUCUGUUCAACCCUUUCAAUUUGAAACCGAGAGGAACAUUAACGAGCAUGACAGCACUGUCGAUAUUUCGCAAAAUGAGCAGCAAAAGCAAAACGAACAGACGAACACACGAGAGUGGGAAAAAAACAGUGUUCUACCAAAAUGUGCUACACCAACGAAACGUGCUACAAGAGGCGAAUCUGACACCCAAAGUAGGACCGUGCGCUUUCAGCUUGUUUUGUUUAGAUGAAUACAGACAGAACAUACUAAAGAUGCCUUAAGAAAAUACUCAAAUGUAGUAAUAUCAAAUAAGGCCGGUUAAAAUAUGCUACGUGACUAAUGUGGUCAACAGAUCAACAAUCUGCUAUAAAGCUACCACAAGAAAACAAUGCUUUAUUAAUUGUACGAGAGGGAAACACAUGCGAAAUGUACUUUGAGGCAAUGAAAAGGUAAUAAAAGACUCAAUAAAAACGCAAAUAGUAAGUACCCGCCACUUUUCACUGAUGAGCGCAUGUGUUGGACGUCUCGCCACGUCGAAGGAAUUGCAGUAACCCGGUAAGUUUUCGUCGAGUGACAGAGACAAUCUACUAGUACAUCAUUAACCCGAGCGUCCAUUGCGCGCUUAAAACAUGGUGCCCUCCGUAGGUCAAAACAUGUACUAAAUAUUAUAGAUUUUUAAAUCAAUGGCAAUAUUUUAUGUGUUUCUAAUAACAUAUUUUAGUUAAAAAGAACGAUAGUGGCUUAUUAGAACCAACAAGUCUUUAAGUCCGAGGUUCCCUUUAAGCCUUUAAAUCCAAAUCAGGAAUAUUAUUUACAACCAAAACUAGUAAUUUUA